AUGGAUAGUUCUAAGCAGAAUCAGUAUACAUGCAAUGGAUUGUCUUAUGAGAACGUUGUAAGAGGUAUAAAAACAACGUCACUGGAGAUGUUUUUCUCAGGUCAUCCCAGAAUUGUAGGCAUGAAUUAUUUCCCAAAUAUAGCUACUCUCAUUCCCACUGGACAAAGUAUUCCAAAGAUUUCAGACCUAGAGUACUGCCUGUUGCUCAAAGAGCUGUGGAUUGCUGAAUGCUGUUUAGUGAAAAUAGAUGGUCUACAAAAUUGUGUAUAUUUGCAAAAACUUUAUAUUUACUGCAAUGAAAUUUCCAGGACUGAAAAUCAGGAAGCCCUAACAAAGCUGAAUAUACUUUGAUUGAAUAAUAACCUGAUCAAGAAUAUAGAGGGCUUACAUACUCUGCAGAAUUUGCAAGAGGUCAACCUUACUGGAAACUUAAUAGAAAAAAUAGGAAGAUCAGAAAAGAUAAGUCUUGAAAAGGCAUUCUUGCAAAAAAUAAAUGUGCUGGAGGAAAGAAUAACAUUCCAGAACAGAAAACUGAAUGACAUGAAGUCUACACGCAGAGAAUCCUUCAUAGUAGGGCAUGUGGAGGAUGUCGGUGAUGACAUAGGCCUAGAGUUGGAUGCCAGCAUGGUGGAAAUGAAGAAUUUUUCUAAUUUGGUAGUACAAUUCUUGUUGAUGGAAUUGGAAACAGUGGGAAACAUUCACUUUGAAGAAGCUUUAUCAAAUAAUCCAUGGCAAACUUUUAAAGAAAAAGCUUUUCUUCUCUGUAACAGUCUAAGCGUAUGUGAAUGUCCCAGAACAGACUUUCUGAAAUGGAAAGCAGUAAUUGCAAAAGUUUUCCUUGGCCACAGUGCUCCAGCUUGUGCAAUGAAUCCCGUCUAUCAAGUCAACUACCCAGAAGCUAAUUCAGUAUUCAGGCCAUGGAAAUGCCUAGAAAGUGAUGCAUCUAGUUCUGGCAAUGGUAUGUAUUUAAUUGUGGGGGCUUCCUUGGAACAGAGAAAUUGUGACUGUACCCAUUGGCAUUGUGAGCAGUUUUUGUUUGACCAUGAACUGGUCUUGCCAGAAUACAUGGCUAAGUUUGAGUACGUUACACUGCCCAACCGGGAAUAUUUUGAUGCACACCAUAAUGAUGUGGUCACUCUUGAAGGCAUUAGAGGCUUAAGCAAACUGCAGUUCUUCAACCUGAGCUGGAACCAGCUGAAAAAGUCAAGGGAAGAUAUAUACAUCUUACAUAGACACAUUCGCAACUUACUCAGUCUUGACAUCACACACAACCCAUGGCAUAAGCCUACCUCAUUGCAGCUGAGUGUCACUGGCCAAUUAAAGGCUCUCAUUAACCUAGAUGGAAUCCUAAUUUCUAAUAAAGAAGCUGCAAAAGCAUUACAAUAUGUUGCAGGAUCAAAGAUGACACGGACCACUGCCAUAAAUCUGGAUGACCAACUCUCCAAAAUUUCCAAUUUGGAAAAAUCAAAGCAUUUAACAUGGGCACCGCUUAGCAACAACAAUCUCAAACAAAUAGAAGAGUUUUGUCCUAACCUGGAAGAACUCAUUUUAGCUGAAAACUACAUUUCAACACUAGAUGGAAUUUCAAAGCUCACCAAACUUACAUGACAUUGUGUAAAUAAUAACCAUCUUAUCAGCCUCAAAUGACAUGUGUUUGAAAAUCUGUCUUAUCCUCAUUACAUUUCUAUUGAGAACAACAGAAUCAUCUUAGUUGGGUUAAGAAAAAUUUACUCCCUAACAGAGCUAUACAUAAGUAAUAACUUUGUUUAUACCAAGAGAUAUAAAUUGAGUAGUCAGAAGCAAGAUCACUACCGACUAUUUGUAUUAUUCCAUCUUCCCUCUCUCAAAGCCUUAGAUGGCAUCGCAGUAGAACCAACAGAAUGAGGAAGUGCAAAAGGUUUGUUUGGAGGCAAACUCACCUCUGGCAUGACUGCAGACAGACUGGGACAUUCAGAUUUCACAGAAAUGCAAGAAUUAAAUUGGACAGCUUCUAAUGUCAGAGCUGUAGAGCUGGUGCUAGCAGACCAGUUUAGAAAUGUCUGCAUCGUAAAUUUACAGAACAAUAAUCUGUCUUUCAGUGGUUUAAUCUUCAUUCCUAAUGCCAAGAUGGAAUUUGUAGAAAACCUACCCCUGAUAAUGCAGAGCUUGGAAGAUUUUCAUCUGGGCUAUAAUGGAAUUACUAACAUGGCCCAGCUACAGUUUGGCAGGUUAAAAAACUUGAAAAUUCUGUUUUUGCAGAGGAACUACAUCAGCCAAACUGAAGGACUUGAAGGUCUCCAGUUUCUGCAGGAGUUGCUAUUGGACCAUAACCGCAUUAAAAUGAUUUCACAAGGUUUCCUUGCUAGUCAGAAUGGUCUUUUCACUCUUCACCUGGAGGAAAACCAAAUACAAGUACUGAACAGUUUACAAGCUGUGGUAAAAUUACAGAAAUUCUUUCUGGACUUCAACAGAAUUCAAGAAUCAUCUGAACCAGAAAAACUUCAAGUUAUUCCCAGUCUUAAGGUGCUCUCAAAACACGGAAAUCCAGCUAAAAGCUUCAUAGCACACAUGAUGAUCACCUUGCCUCGCUGUGCCUGUCUCAGUGCCAUACUGCGAUCAGAAGGCACUCGUUCUUCAGCCUACUGUUCUUCACAGUGCUGCAAGAUAAAUGUAAAAUUUGCAAAUUUUCCAGAGGACUCUGGAUUUCCUGCACUGCCAGCAAACUUUACAAGACAUAAUCCUCUCAGAAUAACACCUGGGAAUCUGAAUGAAAACAUUAACCGUUUAUUUGGCUCUGAUCUUAUAUUUGGUCAUGAACUUGAAGAGCCUCUACUGAAUAAGUCAAAUGAAAAUAAGCCUAAGGACCCAGGAAUUACAACAAAUAAUCUUUGAAGCAUCCAUGCAGAAAGAGCUCUUAGGCAAGCCAAAGGAGCAGCGACUAAUCUUCUAAACCAUUUGGUGCAUCAUCAUAGUGCUACUUCGUGA